AAACGACCAUUACAUUUAAAACACAAUCGUUGGUGGACGCUUUUAAUAUCCAUCAAUUUUUUUUUUUAGAUAUUCUUAUUUAAAAAAAUGGGUUAGGGUAUAUAUUUGUCUAAAUAAAUUGAACAAUUAUGUAGCUAGAUCAAGAUAAGGUAUUUUAAAAAAACACAUAUGAUAACUUGAUCAAAUAAGCAAAAUCUACCAUGGAGAAUUAUGGAUACGUGCCCGAUGAAAGCAAUAAUGGAAGACCCUAUACGAUUUCAAGACCUAACUCAGGAUCAAAAAACAAUCUAGUAGGAGUCAACUCAAGAUUCAACCCCACAAAAAAAUCUAUUUACUAUCAAAGAGCUACCGUUUUACUUGCUGCUGUGGUUGUGAUUUUGCUUAUCGGGUUCGUGACGGUUGUGACUUUAUAUACUAAAUCUAAAACUACACAAACCCACGUUUGCACCACAAACGAAUGCAUUCGUUCGGCGGCCAACCUCAAAUACUCGAUAAACUUUUCAGUCGACCCUUGCGAGAAUUUUUACGAAUUUUGCUGCGGUAGUUGGUCCAAGGAACACCCCAACCAUGGGUGGUAUUCGAGUUUUUCGUCGUUUACAACUAUUACUGAAAAAAUCGUUUUGGAGUCUAUGGAAGUUUUGAGCGAGGGAGUCAAAGAUGGCGAACCGUUGGUUGUGAGCCAGGCUAAAAUGUUUUAUGCAUCCUGUUUGGAUCAUGAGUCCAUUGAUGCCUUAGGUCUAGAUCCUCUCUACGAAAUCCUAAAAAUACUCGAUUUGCCAAUAAUACCAAACUUUUUCAAUGCCCCAGCCAAAGAUUUCAAAUUCGAUUGGGCCAAAACUGAAGUGGCAAUGAAACAAGUAUUGGCCAUGGACGUUUUCAUAGGAUUCACUGUCGGUCCGAAUAUUUUCAAGCGGAACGAAAACGUUAUGUAUCUGGGCGUAUUGUUUCAAAGUUGCCCUUUACCCAGCCCCUUAAGAGGAAAACACCAAAUAAUGCGCAAACCAUGGAAAACAAGCUUGACGAAACUUGAUGAUGUUAUGACGAAUAAUAGCGCUGAAGAAGAUGAAGAUGAAGAAUCCAGCCACAAGGAGCAACUAAAAACGAAAAUUCGUACAAAUAUAGUCAAGCAUGUCGUUAAGGAAGUUAUGAAAGACAAUGGCCGGAAGUUACCAGAUGUCAAAGAGCUUCAAUUGGCAGCUGAUAUUAUUAACAAUAUUACAACAAUAAUGGAUGAUUUGAACGAAAACUUCACUCUUCCCGAUGGUCAAGCAAGUGAAGAUGAAACACAAAAAUUGACUUUCAAGCAACUGCAAGAUUUCACCGAUAACAACGUCGAUUUCCCAUUGCCUAAUUUUUGGUUAAAUUAUAUAAGCAGCAUUUUUGCUAAUACAAAUGUGACUAUUAAUGCUGAUACUGAUUUGUUUCUGAUCACGGAUACCGAAUUAGAAUAUUUGUGGAAUGUUUUGGAAUAUGUUUCGAGUCAACCUCCAGCUCAUAUUGAGCUCUACAUGUGGUGGGCUGCAGUUUACGCAAUGAUCAUCAAUACAUCUUCCGAUGUAACUGAUUAUGUUAUAACUCAAACCAAUUUGUAUUAUUCUAGUACUACUGGAGAGUCAUUUUAUGUUACUUCGAAAUUUAUCGAUUGCAGUGAUUUGGUAAGCAAAUACAUGGGAUGGGCUGUGAGCUAUGCAAUUGCCGAUCGAGCUUUUGCAAAUAAAACUAAACCGAAAGUGGAAAAUAUGAUAAAUCAUAUUAAAGAAGCAUUUGUGGAGCACGUGCAAGGAAUUACCUGGAUGGACUCCUCGACAAAAAAAGUUACUUUGGAAAAAAGUAAAGAAAUGCUCAGCUUUAUUGGCUAUCCCGAUUGGUUGUUCAAAGAUGGAGCUGUAGAUAGGAAAUAUUUAGGAAUUGAAAUUAAUGAAACAACUUACCUUAACAACAUGGUAAGCAUAAUAAUGCAAUACACCACAGAAAGCCUUACCAAACUUAGACUCGCAAAUCCAAGAGAUUGGACCACCGAAGCUGUCAUAGUCAACGCCUAUAACUCUUUUAGCGAUAAUGCUAUCAAUGUUCCUAUGGCAAUUUUGAAUUAUCCUUUGUAUGAUUUGGGCUUGGAGGUUUUGAAUUAUGGAUCGAUUGGAUCUAUACUAGGGCAUGAAUUGACCCAUGGAUUCGAUAACACGGGCAGAAAAUACGAUAAAUACGGCAGUUACAUGCAAUGGUGGUCGAAUAGGACCAUCGAAACUUUCGAAAAUAUGACCAAUUGUUUCAUAAAGCAAUACGACAAUUACACAUUGAACGGUGUAAAGGGACAUGUUAAAGGGCUGGCAACUUUAGGCGAAAACUUGGCAGAUAACGGGGGAUUGAAUCAAGCCUACACGGCCUACAAAAAUUAUAGGAAAAAGUAUGGAGAUGAGCCCAAACUUCCAGGGUUUGAGGAUUAUUCUAGCGAUCAGAUGUUCUUUUUGGCUUAUGGAAGCAUCUGGUGCGAAUCUUUAACCACAGAAGAUCUCAGAAAUCAACUAGAAUACGACGAACAUUGUCCGAAUUCAAUCAGGGUAAUUGGAACCCUUCAAAAUUCUGAAGAAUUUGCAGAAGCAUACAGAUGUCCUAGAAAUAGUUUUAUGAAUCCGAAAAGGGAAAAAUGCAAAAUAUGGUAGACCAAUAUUGAAAUACACAUAUUUACUUAUUAGAAAAUUUAUAUUAUGUUAGCAAUAGUUUAAAAAGUGUGAACCACUGUGUGAUAUUUUUAGCUGUGCCUUUUAAUUUAAUAAAUAAAUUGACUCUA